UCAGAGUGCGUGCAGCGGCUGAACAAUACGGACGCACGGGGGCAACAGUCCAGUCGCUCUUCACCCACCACUCGUUGCUCACGCACUCGUCUUCAGCUACCACACUGCCUCGGUCAUCUUAGUGGAUGCCAAUAUCGAUCAUAUAUUAUAAACCUCAAAUCUUGUCUCCUGUAAAAAUGAUUGUAAAUUAAAAUACAGUAAAUCAGCUGUUCGGAAUUACAACGUUACAAUUCUUCAGAUUCAUUGCACUCUUAUUACGCUACGACUCUUAAGACCAGCCGCGACAACUGAGGUUAAUAACUUUAGUAUUCAGAAGUUAUUUGACUUUUAACAGCUACCAGGAGAUACCACAGUUGGCAGGGGGCGUGAUGGCAUCGUCGUGCGUGGCGCUUCUGCUUCUGGUGGCCGCUGGUCACAUCAGCCCACUGAUAACUACACCACUUCACGAAAUCGCUUCACGUCAUGUAGAAGCUUCGUACCCGGAGUUGUUGCUCUCGGAGAAGUCUGAGACAGUAUCGGGUCUUACCGUUGCAAGGCAGCUGUUUCCAUUUACUUUUGAUGAUCUCAGAUUGUCGCACUCUGAGGCGGAAGGUCGUGUACAUGUCAACGCGGAUUCAUUGAUAAAGCCUACCUUAGAUGUGCCGCAACAACCUGCAAUGAUAGGCUUUCUUGAGACUGAGAGAGCUCGUCUGUUAAAGCCUCUCACGGAUAGAUUGCAAGAGCCUGUCAUUAGGGUCCUGCCUCAAAUUGACCGAUACAUCUUGCUAAGACCCUCCAAGGGUGAAUUGUAUCAGGCUAAAAGAGCUGACCUGCUGAAGCCGCCCGCGAAUAUAGCGCAAGAUUCUGCAGCAGGAGUCCCUGUGAAACCUGCAGAUGAUCAACAUCGGUCUGAUGCGGAAGAUGUGCCUAAAACUGAGAGAGAAGGCUUGCUUCAGCCUGACACGGAGACCCUGGAUCGGGUGAUGAUGGCGUGUCUGCGGGUUAUUCGGUAUUUCAGCGGCCACGUCACCCAGAUGAACCUGGACGCAGUCAUAGGGACGCGCAUCGCAGAAGCACAGUUUCGGCUAGUGAUGGAGGCACUGGAAGGCGACAAAUAUUCUACAGGGAAAAUGAGCGUAGAGGAGGCGCGGGCGGACAUACACACCAUCAUGAAAGAGGCAGCGCGACUUAGCAGUGAGGGCCAAGUAUUCAUUAUGAAGGCUGACCCCACCUACUACAGCCAGCUGGGAGCGCUGCUGGAUGCUGGGUUCUGGGAGGUGCCGCUUACUACCCGUCAUCUCAAUACCAGCGCCCUCACUCUACCACACAACCCUCUCCCCGUCCUUUCAGGCGAAGAACAGUUGGUGGAGAACCAGUCGGACCAAUGCGUAGCUGAAGAACUGAAUGGGGAGCGUGGUAGGACCUUGGGUAGGCGUGAAACAGCCGGUGCGCGCGAGGGGCGUCAGCAAAAUGUACAUGGAGAUGGUCAGUGUGCCGUGAGCCAAGAGUGCUGGGAGCGCAUGACUGCCCCGGGCUACUCCAGCUACUCACUCACUCACCAGGUCUUCUACCUCAUCAUCGGCAUCCAGGCAGGUUGUGGGCACCAGCUGGAGCGUCUGGCCGGGGCAGGUGGUGUAGCCCACCUUCUGAGCCAGCUAUGUGCUGCCGUGCUGUUUGAGGCUGUUACCAUUUCCGAGGCUGACUUCCCCACGAACCGUCGUGACCUUUUCAUGGAACAAGGUGCGCUCUGUGGUAUCCUGGGCUACAGAGACUUCUUCAGGAAGGAUUGGCUCGCCCGGGUGCUCUCCUGGCAGCGUGAUUCUGGUUGCUUCGGUGACGCCCAAGUGUUCGCCGGCCAUCACUCAAAGCCACCCACUACCCACAUCAGAGUUCGUCGUGAGGAGCGUCCCAUGGCGGGCCACUGCCUAGCCCACCGCUCUGCCGUUGCUCUUGGUUAUCUGAGUCUGUUUGUCCGCUUUCUGACCACCGACAUCCUGUUGUAGGUUUGGCGGGGAUACUGCUAACACCUACUGCACACCACCCUACCAGCCUACCUACACACGUACUCACCUGUGUUUAUGAUCAUCUUAUUUAUGUUAUUUAUGGCAUUUUCAAGUGACCGUUGAGGGUUUUUUCUGCUCUGCUGUUGACAAAUUUGGGGAAUAAAAAGACAGUCUCAAGUCAUGAAAUACAUAUUCAUUAACACAAAUAAAACCAAACUCAAGUAAGGUGAUUGUAUGUUUGAAAUCCACAUCGUAAUUUAUACGAUGACGACGAUUUCAGCAGCUACUUGGGAGCUGCUGUGACGUGUUGGCGUUACGUUAUUUGCAUAGUGCUGGGUUGGCAGUAUAAUGACUGACCAUGACUAAUAUCAACUGUUAAUUAUGUUUACCAUACUUGUAACUUGUACGUAGCAUAAUAAAGCAUACCAACUA